GUUAAUUAUGGCGUAUUUAGGAGAAACUGGUUUCUUAUACUUUCUGGAGCAGCAGUUGUUGUCACACUUGCCGAUCUAAUACUGCUAGUUUUAAUCUUCGUCCUCGCCAUGAAAAAAAGAAAGUCACUUUCGAACGACAAUGAGACCAAGAAGAAACCGCCACAGAAGGACUCAUCGCCUGUACCAGAAUAUCCAUUCCCAGAGUUUACCCAUAUGGCAUCUUCUAGCGUCUCGGCUUCGGAAAGGCUUAGUGAUGCAGAUGGAGUGAAGAGAAUAGAUGAAGUCAUACGAAUGCAGGAAGAAGAAGAAAGGAGACAAUAG